AUGGUCCUAAUAGCACCCUAUGGGUUCUUAUGGCUCUUUAUGGGUCCUAAUAGCACCCUAUGGGCCCUAUGGGUCCUAAUGGCACCCUGUGGGUCCUUAUGGUGCCCUGCAGGUCCUAAUGGCACCCUGUGGGUACUUAUGGUGCCCUACAGGUUCUUAUGGCACCCUACGGGUCCUAAUGGCACAUGGGAAAAUGCGGAUAUAUACAAGAAUCCGUACAAUUAUUGGAAUGAGGUCACUGCUCCACAAAUGAGGAAGCUAUUUAAUGAUGAAACAAGUAGAAUGGACCCUAAAUGGAGAGACCAAAAAUGGAAUAAUGACUGGAAUGAAAUUUCAGCUAACCACGUUAAAGAUCUAUAUUCAAUAUCUCAUCAACAAGAUAUUUCAGAGGAAGAAAAAAAAAAAUUAAUUCAUAGUAUUAUGGAAAAACUUAUGUCAGAAUUUUUAAAAUUUUUAGACGAAUGUGAAAAAGAGAUGAGAGACUAUAAAAUCAAAUCCAAAUGUAAGAACGAGAUGAGAGAUAAUAAAACAAAAUCCGAAUCUAUGAAAGAGAUAAGAGACAAUAAAACCGAAUCCAAAGGUAAGAAUGAGAUGAAAGACAAUAAAACAGAAUCCGAAUCUAAGAAAGAGAUGAUAGACAAUAAAACAGAAUCCGAAUCUAAGAAUGAGAUGACAGACAAUAAAACAGAAUCCGAAUCUAAGAAUGAUAUGACAGACAAUAAAACAGAAUCCGAAUUCAAGAAUGAGAUGACAGACAAUAAAACAGAAUCCGAAU